AUGCAACGACCAGAAAAAGCUUAUCAAUCAAAAAAUGAUGAUCUUCAGAAAUUAAAAGAAGAGUACAUAAAACGACGUAUGGCUGAUACUUCAUACCGUCCCUAUCCAAUACAAUAUUCAAUGUUUGACGAUGAUAAUUCUUUAUCAGAUUCUGUAGCAGGUAAUAAAAUGAGAUGGAAUCAAAUGUCAAAAUUUUCAAAUAUUUUUACUGGAAAAAAACAAUAG